AUGGUGAGCGCCUCUUUGUUAUUUCUAUUGAUAAUUGGGCAAUCACCGCUUGUCGUUUCUUUGCAGCAAACCCGAGGUUACAAACCUGGGCAUAUAGUAGGUGUUUCAAGGGAGAAACAGCAUCUGUAUGACUCAAAUGAGUCGGAUUUAACUAAAUGGCACUGUUUAGACCAUGAAGAUAUUGUAUUGGAUUUAAGCCAGAUCAACGAUGGGAUUUGUGACUGUCCCGAUGGUUCAGAUGAGCCCGGCACCGCUGCUUGCGAAGAAGAUAUAUUUCAAAGUGUUGCAAAGCAAAGUAGUAAGGUAAACAAGUAUUUCUACUGUGCUAACGAGAACUUUAUUCCAAGAUAUAUACGAAAAUCAGAGGUUACGGAUGGUAUUUGUGAUUGUUGUGACUGUUCCGACGAACUACUGUCUGAUUAUAAACUCAUCGAUGUCGGAUCCAACUGUUCUCAGCUAAAAAAAGAAUUCGAUGAUAUGGUUUCUACAGAAUUAUUAAGAUACCGAGAAGGUAAAAAGGUAUUAAAUGGGCUAGAAAAGAAAUAUGGUAUACAGGAAGAUACCAUUGUCCGUGAUGGUUCCAUAGAGGAGGAUAAACAAAGAGUUUCUAAUGAGAUAACAUUACUCUCCAACAGGCUUGAAAAAGAUCGUGUUAAGUUAGACGAAGCGAGAAGGAUUUAUUUUGAUCAACUAGAAAAUCAGGACCCUAUUUUGUAUCGUUUUGAGCAAUUAAAUAGACUAUCUUUGGCGUCUGAAAUUGUAAAUUCAUUCGUUACCGUUUCCAUGGUAAGUAAAUGUUAUGGAAGUAUACUCGGAAUUUUGAAUAGGUUAUCCGAGGCUUACACACCUUCUCUAAAUGAUAAAGUUGUCAACGAUAAUAUCAAGAAAUUCAAAAAAACUAAAAGACGAGCUGAGAAGGCAAAAAUUAUUGCAGAUAGUACAAUCGAUGAUGAGCAAUCGGAAAAUCUCUUUUCAUAUUUUACAGAAGAAAUACCUCAACUUUUCUUGAAAAGGGAAUCCGAACAGUCGUUAAGAUACGUAUUAGGCAAAUCCAAUUUUGUUCAAGCGCUGAUUGAAGGUAAAAUCAAUUAUACCAAUGAUAUCCUGGAGUACAUUAAAGAGUAUAGCGCAAUUAUGGAUGAUAUUUCUAAGAAUUACAAUGUUAAUUUUCAAGAUGCAGGUGUCAAAAGUGCUGUCGAUUCGUAUAACAAUUAUUUAGAUGAAUACGGGGAAUCUAUUGAAUCAGGGCCAAUACACCCUUCAGAGAACCUUUUGAAACUAUUGAAUGAGGUAACGACCUUUGUUAACGAGAAUGUACCAAAGAUAUUGCCACCAGAUAUCACUGAACCAAAACAAGGUACAAACAAUGACCAUAUGGCUCCUUUUGGAGGUCUACGCACUAAACUCUCAGGAAUUCUAUCAAAGUUAAACCUAUUUUCAUUUAGAGAGGACUUGGUCUCAUUAGAAAAGCAAUUUCGUUUCUACGAGAUGGAAGUCAAAAACCUGGAUCUUGAAUUACAAUUGAAGAAGGCCAGAAAAGAAAUAUUAGAUGACUCUCGGAAUGAAGGCAAUAACGCUACUGCUGGAAAAUUGACUGAACUUUUAGAACUAAUGGGAUCUCAAUCGUACUCUCUAGAAGAUCUACUGGAUAAUUAUUCAUACACUAUACGCUUCCAACAUCCAAUGAUUGAAGGUACAAUAUACCAGUCUGAAAAUAAGAUCGCGGGAAAAAAAGUCUUGAUCGGCCGUUUCAAAACAUUAGGUUUUAACGCAGAAUUGAACAUGAACAAGUACAUGGAGCAUUUGAAACUCACAUAUAGUGAGGAAAGUGAUUUGACCUCACAUUUAGCAGGCAGACAAGGCGAUGAUGAUAAGUCACAACACUACAUAUUCGGUAACUUAAACGAACUGAAUAAUGGUUUGGUAUUAGAAUACGAAAACGGAGAACAGUGCUGGAAUGGACCACGUAGAUCGGCUACGGUAUUUGUUCGCUGUAGUAAUACCUUCAAAAUUCGGAGUGUACAUGAAGUGACUAAGUGUAACUACAUCUUUGAUGUCACUGGACCUUUAGGCUGCAACAAGACCUUCGAAUACGAGCCCCCUAAAUUCAACUUAGGAGAAUGA